AAACAGUCAGCAGGUGAAGAUGAUUGAUUAUCCAUCACCUGAGCCUGACACAGAUUUCUGUGUUCCUGUCUGAUGAAAAUGAUGAACUUUAUAAAACUAAGACCUGGUCCCCGUUACAUAGUCAGGCCGCUGGGGGGCGCUCGUGUCUGCUCUUUGAAAGUUAGUAACUCAGUUUUUCCACUUCUCUGGAGUCCCGCCGUCCUCGCGCGGUGCCCCUUAGACUCUCACAGCUCUAAGGUGUGUCUUUGUCCUUAUCUGAACGGUACCCUCACAGGAUGUCCUUCCGCUCCGUGCAGACAGCUUCCAGCGGGCUCUGGCUGCUCCUCUGCGGGCUGAUGACUUCUGUUUCGGGGGAGAAAGUGGUGGAGAGCAGCCCCGGGUCCGGGAUAAUCCAGGACAUCCGGACCGCCCUGACGGAGCUGGCCGGGGAAGGGAGGGCUUACCUGGGAAGAGUGGCCGGAGAGCAGACGGUGCUGUCGGUGCAGAAGGCAUUCUCUCAGGUUCUCGGUGUGGUAGCAGGAAGUUUAGCUAGCGGUCUGAACGUUCUCCUGAAGUAUGUUACACACCUCCUGCAGGCAGCUGGAGUCCAAGUGAACGUCCCCAUGGUUCGAGUCACCUCUGACGGUCUGAUCUUCGUUGCCCAGUGGGUACUCCUCGCCUUGAUUGGCUACUGGUUGCUGUCUCUCGCGCUCCGAUUGGUUGCCUCCACUCUGAGGCGGACUCUCUGGCUGCUGAAAGUUGGCAUGGCUCUUGGCUGUUUUGGACUUAUUCUGAGCGACCAUGAGGCGAGCUCAGAGACCACCGCCAUCCGAUUGGCUGUGUUGGUGCUCGUCUGUGUCUUAUUGGGAGUGGGGAGGGGGGGCGGCUCCGAAGCAAUAGAUAAAAUGGCUCACCUGGAGGAGCAGGUGAGGAUCCUGGAGAGGAGGCUGAGGGAGAUGGAGAGGUGGACGAGAACGGAAGAGUGAGGGGUGUGUUAACACAUAUCACUGGGUUUCAGAAUAUGUACGGAUUGAUUCAGACUAAUUAACAGAUUAUAUCUUUUUUUUUUUACAGAUAACUAAACCGCUUAAAUCAGAUUACAAGAGAUUUUAACAGAUUAUAUUAAAUUGAUAACAGAUUGAUCCGUGUUUGUGUCCCCUCUUCAACAUGCUCUUAAUAUUUCUGUUUCACUAAAGUUGGCUUGAUUAUCAAUCUGUCUAUUAUAAUCUGUUUAUUUCUGAGUGUUUAUUGUCACCUCUUUAUAUUUAUCUGUUGUUUAUCAUCAGUUUAUCAUUUGUUUUUUUAUCAGUUUAUUAUAAUUCGUCCAUUACAAUCUUCUCAUUACAAUCUAUAUCAUGAUCUGUUGAUUGUCAUCUCUUUAUUUUAAUCUGUUCCAAUAAUCUGUGUAUUCUUAUUAAACAAAUUCAACUAGAUUCAUUCAAAUAUUAAACAAGAUUAAUUAACAAAUUAAAUCAGUUUAAAAAUAGAUUGUAUUUAUUUAACUGUUUAUUUAUAUCUGCCCCAUGUAAUCUCAUUAUAAUCUAUCUGUUAUAAUCUGUUGAUUGUACUUUGUUUUAAUCCGUGCAGAGAUGUUAAAUCUACGUUUAUAUGUACUUUUAUACCAAAGGUUAUUUUUGUGUUAAAAUGACGUAAAGCUUUUUGGUCCGAUUAAAGCUGGAGAGUUUUAAUUUUUCUGCCCUGAUGUUCGGCUUUAGAUGAAGCUCAGAUGAUAAAUAAAACCUCUCAGGUGGGAUUAUGAUUCUUUGUUUCAUCUUUCAUUUUCUGUUUUCCUAUUAAAGUGAUUUUCCCAUAA